AUGGAUCUUUGGCUUAAAACGGGAAGCCUCAAAAGAUGUGAAAAGCCGGCUGUGCAAGUUGAUGCACAAAGUGAAAUUGUGAACGUUACGGUUUUGGUUGAAAAUGAUAAUAAUUUUUCUUCAAAGAGUAGUACUUCUGCACCAGCCAGUGACUCCAACAAACGUGCUGUUAAACGUAAGUAUGACGAGGGAUAUCUGGGCUUGGGAUUCACCUGGACUGGUUCUGAAGACUACCCCGAUGCGCUUUGUGUAGUAUGUCAAAAGAUUUUACAAAAUAGUUCAGUGGUCCCUGCCAAAUUGAAGAGACAUCUUGAAACCCAUCACCCUCACUUAGCUAAUAAAAGCAUACCAUUUUUUGCUACCAAACUGGUUGGAAUAAAAGCAAUGCAAAGAAUUAUACAUUCAACAACAACAUUCAAUGAUAAAUUACUAGAAGUAUCUUACUUAGUGAGCCAAAGAAUUGCUAUGGCGGGUGAGGCACACACUAUUGCUGAAAAGCUCAUCAAACCAUCUAUCCUUGAUGCUGUGAAAAUCUUGCUGGGCGAGAGCGAAUCCAAAAAACUGGAAAGCAUUCCUUUAUCGAACAAUACAAUCGAUGAGUCUACAGAUGUGGCAGGUUUGGCGGUAUUACUUGCAUUUGUUCGUUACGCCUAUGAGGGUGAUAUUCAGGAAGACUUGCUUAUGUGUAAAACUUUACCCACUUAUACCACAGGUGAGGAAAUAUUCAGGGCUUUGGAUUCGUUCAUGAAUGAAAACGAAAUUACUUGGGGAAAAUGCAUGGGUGUGUGCACGGACGGAGCCAAAAGCAUGACUGGCUCAGUAAAAGGUGUGGUGACAUGA